AAAACUUGCACCGGAAACGGUCUUGUUCUGGCUAGCGGAACACUGCUUAUGGAAGGAAGCUAGCUACCUGUCAACAAUCUAGGCAGAUAGCUGAAACUGAAGUCUGUGUGGCCCUUUAUCGUCUGCUUCUAUCAGGUCAGUGUAGCCAACAAGGCUGCUGUGUUAUGGAUGAACCAUGAAGGCCCAAUUACAAGUCACAGUGCUUUCAGCCAAGCUGAAGGAAAACAGAAAGAACUGGUUUGGUCCCAGCCCCUAUGUUGAGGUAGCAGUAGAUGGCCAGUCAAAGAGGACUGAGAAGUGCAACAACACACACAGUCCCAAAUGGAAGCAGGCUGUCACAGUAAUUGUGACUCCGGUCAGCAAACUGAUUUUUCGUGUUUGGAGCCACCAGACACUAAAAGCAGACCUCCUGUUGGGAAUGUCCAUACUGGAGAUCAGUGAGACCCUAAAAGCUAAUGACCUGAAACUAUGUGAGGUGGUGCAGACACUGCAGCUGUGCUCUGAACGAGACCCUCAGGAUAUCGUAGGUGACCUGUCAGUCUGUUUGGACGGCAUGCAGGUAGACCCAGAAAGUUUCGCCUCUGCAGAGAGAGAACAUGCUACUGUUCGAAAUGGAAAUGCAAGACAAAAUGGAAACGCUGGCAACAGGUCAAGCAGAGACACAUCUCCCUCCAGUGACUCAGAGGAGUGGGUCAUCGUACCUAAUGGUCAUGCUGUCAAUGGUACGGGUUCUCCUUCCCGAUCUCCAGGGGGCUCCAACGCCUUGUGUCCUCUCAGACCCGUCCGACCUCCUCCUCCCACGCCUCGCAGACCAACCGCCUCACCAACCUCUUCUAGCAGUUCCUCCCCUAGUGAGCUGAGUGAAGGUCCAGCUUCCGAUGGCUCCUCUCAGGUGUCAGCGAGUGGGUGUACAAAUCAGCCGGAUGACUCAGGUGCAGGAGCAGCAGCAACAGGUUCUUCACAGACAGCAAGUGGCCCCAAACCAGAGACUUCUGCCUCAGCAGCUCUAGCCACAACCACUCCAAGAAUCACACCCAUGAGCAACGGUCCCUUACCACCAGGGUGGGAGCAAAGGGUAGACCAGAACGGACGGAUGUACUUUGUGGAUCACAUUGAGAAAAGGACAAGCUGGGAAAGGCCUGAUCCUCUCCCUUCAGGGUGGGAGCGCAGGGUGGACCCGAUGGGUAGGGUGUACUAUGUUGACCACAUAACCCGAACUACUACGUGGCAACGCCCCACGCAGGAGUCUGUGCGUAACUAUGAAGAGUGGCAACACCAGCGCAGCCAGCUGCAGGGAGCCAUGCAGCAGUUUAACCAGAGGUUCAUUUAUGGGCUCCAAGACCAGUUGGCAGCUACAGCCAACAAAGAGUUUGACCCGCUGGGACCUCUGCCACAUGGUUGGGAGAAGAGAACAGACUCCAACGGCAGAGUGUAUUUUGUUCAUCACCCGACUCGGGCAACACAGUGGGAGGACCCUAGGACACAAGGGCUGCUGAAUGACAAGCCCCUGCCAGAGGGUUGGGAGAUGAGGUUCACUGUGGAUGGUAUUCCCUACUUUGUAGACCACAACAGGCGAACCACAACCUACAUUGACCCUCGCACGGGGAAGUCCUCACUUGAGAAUGGGCCACAGAUAACCUAUGUCAGGGACUUCAAAGCCAAAGUGCAAUACUUUAGGUUCUGGUGUCAGCAAUUGUCGAUGCCUCAGCACAUUAAGAUUAACGUCUCCCGGAAAACCCUGUUUGAGGAUUCAUUUCAGCAGAUCAUGAGCUUUCACCCUCAAGAUCUGAGGCGGAGACUGUGGAUCAUUUUCCCUGGAGAGGAAGGCUUGGACUACGGAGGUGUGGCCAGGGAAUGGUUCUUCUUGCUCUCUCAUGAAGUACUGAACCCCAUGUACUGUUUGUUUGAGUAUGCUGGCAAGGACAACUACUGUCUGCAGAUCAACCCUGCCUCCUACAUCAACCCUGAUCACCUCAAGUACUUCAAGUUCAUAGGACGCUUCAUUGCCAUGGCCUUGUUCCAUGGCAAAUUCAUCGACACAGGUUUCUCCCUGCCCUUCUACAAGCGUAUUCUGAACAAACCUCUGGCUCUCAAAGACCUGGAGUCCAUCGAUCCGGAGUUUUACAACUCACUCAUCUGGAUCAAGGAUAAUAAUAUAGAGGAGUGUGGUCUGGAGAUGUUCUUCUCCGUUGACAAGGAGAUCCUGGGGGAGGUCACCACCCACGAGCUGAAACCAGAUGGAGGGAACAUCCAAGUAACUGAGGAAAAUAAAGAGGAAUACAUCAGGUUGGUGGCAGAGUGGAGGCUGUCCAGAGGUGUCGAGGAGCAGACUCAAGCAUUCUUUGAGGGCUUCAAUGAAGUUUUGCCCCAGCAAUACCUUCAAUACUUUGAUGCUAAGGAAUUAGAGGUGAUGCUGUGUGGGAUGCAGGAGAUAGACCUGGUGGACUGGCAGCGAAGCACAAUCUACAGGCACUAUGCCCGAAGCAGCAAACAGAUCCUCUGGUUCUGGCAGUUUGUCAAGGAGAUGGAUAAUGAGAAGAGGAUGAGACUGCUGCAGUUUGUCACAGGAACCUGUCGCCUUCCUGUGGGUGGCUUCGCUGACCUGAUGGGAAGCAACGGCCCUCAAAAGUUCUGCAUUGAGAAAGUGGGCAAAGAGAACUGGCUUCCACGAAGCCACACAUGCUUUAAUCGUCUGGACCUCCCUCCUUAUAAGAGCUAUGAGCAGCUGAAGGAGAAGCUCAUGUUCGCCAUAGAGGAGACAGAAGGCUUUGGGCAGGAGUAACUCAACAAGAGCAGGAGGAUUGGAUGGAACAGGGUGGGCUUGGAUGCGCCAGAUCCAUUUCAGACAGGAGCAAAGGAUUCUCAGAUUUUCCUUGCAGCCAGAAGCUGCUUAUAAACUGGUAGAUGGACAUACACAUCUGUAUCUUUUCUCACAUUAUCAUGUUCAGCAACAACUGUUUCUAAGCUGUUUCGUCACAAAUUAAUUUAUUCUGCAAGAAACCUGUGAAUCCCCAUCAAUCUGUUUCACUUCUCACCUACAUGAUCCACCUGAAUCAAGCUGAUCUCCCUUCGCCCUGGUCAGCCCACUAUCAGGCGGUGGAGGUAGAAGAGAUGCCUUUCUCACCCUAUCAUGUCUGCACUCGCUGUACGUUGCACAAGUGCAGAUUCUACACAUGAAUCUGUGCUGUAGUAACUUCUUAAGAGCCGCAUUGUGGGGUCUAUGCACUAGAAUUGGUCAUUUUAGAGAAAAGAACCAUAUUUGUGCAUUUUGACUUAAAAUAAAAAAAAAGGUUCAUGUCUAAAAGUAACAUCAAAGGCACAUAUAUGGUUUGAGGCUUUUCAGACUCAAAUUUUAGGUUGGAUGAAUGGAUGGAGUAUUUUUGUUAACAGCUGACUGACUGGAUUGACUCUCCUAGCUCAUACGCAGUUUCUUUAUUAACUUUGAUAUAUAUGAUCAUGAUAAUUUCUCCUUUUCUGACAGGUUGAUUUCUUAACUUUAUAAUGAGUUGAAACUUUGAACUAGUUUGCACAUAGUUAUGUGAGCAGUAAGCCGUUUGUGAUUGUUCUUAAGAGAGGUAUUUUUAUGUGCAAUAGUUUUGUAGAAAACAAACAACAAUUUUGCCAAUAAUAGAGCCAAAAAGUGAUUUGUUUGAUCAUUUUAUAACACUUAUAACACUGGUAAGUUUCAGCAUUUACUAUUGAUUUAAAUUCUCAAUAUGAAAUAGAGAACCUUUGCAUAUUUGCAAGUGUCUAUGGUGAAACUGGUUUGGUUGUGAUUUUAAUUUGAAAACUUUGCCUUCCCAAAAUAAUCUGUGCUGUAUGUUAUAUCAGCCUAUUUGACCGUGGAUGAUCAAAUCCUUUACCAGUCUGGAAGACUGAAAAAAAUUGGUCUUUUCUUGAUAAUUCUGAACUGUUACUAAUGAAGUGGGAGCUUUAGGAUUUACUGUGUAAUAGAGAACAAUGAUUGUUGUUGUUGUUGUUGAAUAAUGACCUAUUCCCACUGAAAGGUAGCCAAGUCUUUAGAUGUCCAGAAAUUAUUAUCCUAGAUCAAUAAUGAAGAUACUGAUACCUUACUGUUUAAUGUGUUUAGUGACUAAUGCAGUUUGUGUAAAUAUACUUACAAAGUAGAACGUGUUUAAUAUCUUAAUACAGUUAUUUUAUUGAAGCAGUGAACCCCUUAAAAUUGCAGGCAUAAGUUGAUAAUUAAGAUUAGAAUUAAUGUAAUACAAGUGGCCCUAGUUUUAUAGGGUGUUAGGUAUUCAGAUUUGUACAGUAGUAUUUUAGCAUAUUUCAUGUCUUUUCCAAAAAUACCUCUGCUAACAUCAAACUUAGUUUUUUUUUUUUUUUCGGGUAGAGUAUCACUUUAAGAAAAUGACUAUGGAACCAAUCUACCAAAGGAUUUUAUUUAAUUUUGUUUUUGUAAACCAUCUGACUCUAAAGCCUAAAAAGUCACCAAGUGUAAUCAGUUCUUAAAAUCCCCUAAAUGAUUACACAUUUUACAUCAGUUGUCACUAUUAAGUUGUUGGUUGUCUUUUAUUAUAUUAGUGGGCAACACUGUGAGGUGCAAAAAGCUUAUAGUAGCUUAUCUACUUCAAAAUUUCAAUUUGUAAAGUGAUAUUUUUUAACAACUCGUAACAUCAAGCUGUGUGUGUGUGUGUGCAUGGUGUUAAUUAUCUGGUAUCAUUUUAAUGUGUAUCCCAGAUCAUUGAAACAUAAUACUAAUACAGUUUCAGCAAAUUCACUUGAAGUUCUUAGUAAAAGUAAUCGGAGGUAUCCACAAAUGUUGCUCAUGAAUUUGCCCAAGUAUGAAACAUGUGGCUGUAUGUCAUUUCACAAUGUCAAUGCUGAUACUACAGGAAAAGGGCUUAGCUCUCCCUCACUGACCUGACAGGUGUAUUGACCGUCAGUCAGGCAAAAUACCAGUUACUGCUCACUUUACUCUUGUGUCAUUUGUUUCACAUUAUCUCACAUUUUUCCCCUUACUGGCAGUAAUACACACACACACAAAACUCAGUGUGUACCUACAGGUAUGCAGCCUUGUGAAGAGAUUAUUAUGUUAAAAAAAUAAAAGAAAAAAGAACAUUUUGAUAAAAACGUUUGUGAUUAAAAUAUUCACUGUUAAAUAUUUUAACAGAUUACAACUAAUAUAGCACCUUGACACUCCCAACUGGUUGAAUUAACCACUUCACUGUUUAAUCACUGCUCUGUUCCAGCGCAUGGAGCAGUUAAAUGUAUAGAAAUAUGCAAAAUAGUGUUUUAGUUGUACUGAUUGCAUUGUAAAUCAUGUUUAUAGUGUAAUCACUGUUUUUUUUUUUUUUUGGAAGCUCUAACUUUUUUGAUAAGUGGAAGUCAAGGUUGAAUACUAUUUAUUUGAAGGAUGGGUUUCAUGUAACAAUGGACUGGAUUGAUUGAGAAAACCGUAAUAAAAUGAUUUAAACACCGGG